AUGCCCAGAAGGAAGAGCGCCCAAGAUCUCUUUCGCGAUGGCAGAAAUAAGGGCUCCGUGCAAUGCACUGAAGGGAUCACCAAUUCAGUCGUCUUCAAGAAGGUCGAUGACAAAACGUUGAGGCAGUACAACCGCAUGAUUGGCCUCUGGAACCAAUACGCUGAAGAACACGCUGAUGACAAUCCCAGCCCCUACGAUCUGAAAUCUCUGAAAGACUUCAUGAAGGAGGUUGUGUUUGGCAUUGAUGGCGUAGAAAAUGAUCCAAAUCCAGGUGAAGGGACUGUCAAGGUGUAUUGGAAGCAGUUCAUAGCCGGCUGGCAACGAGAACACCCUGCUAUUCCUGGGCACAUCACGAUCUCUGUGACUAAUGUUGGUGUUUCUUGCGACGGCGGGAACAAGGUCUACUCUUAUUAUUGA